AUGUCUUAUCCUCGGGUGGACGGAGGGGUCAAGGCAGGUAAAAGUUUCGGUGAGAUUGCCCUGAUCAGUGACAACUGCGUCCGGAACGCCAGCAUCAUCUCUGACGUGGAGAGUGACCUGCUCGUCAUACACAGGGACCUCUUCAACACCUAUAUGAAGGCCAGCCAAGUCGCCGAGUACGAAGAGAAGCGAGACUUCGUGGACGGCUGUUCUCUCUUCCACGGCUGGAACACCAAGUUCCGGGGUCUGCUCGAGAUGAGCCUCCGGAAGGAAGUCUUCCCCUACGGGGCUGUCAUUGUGCAGCAGGGCGCCCCAGUCACAGGCCUCGUUUUCAUAUUGAGUGGUCAGGCAAAGCUGAUAAUGGAACCAGCAAAACACGAGGUCCAGUUCGCAGAGAUCAUGAAGAAGAAGGACUUGCUGGCCCCAAAACAGAAAAG